UCGUGAUCACAUGAUACGUCGUGGAUUCGCCAUCUUGCGUCGUUGAUCAACCUGUGUGGUUUUACUCUUCAUAAAGUCCAAAUUUUUACUGUAGUUCAACUUAAAAACUAAUCAAAAUGACCGAUGUAGCAGAGAAACAGCCAAUUUACACACCGUUCUUCGGAGCAAUGGGUGCAACGGCAGCUAUGGCCUUCAGUGCCUUGGGAGCUGCCUAUGGCACAGCCAAGUCAGGAACUGGAAUUGCGGCCAUGUCUGUGAUGCGGCCAGAGUUAAUCAUGAAGUCUGUGAUCCCCGUUGUCAUGGCUGGUAUCAUUGCUAUCUACGGUCUGGUCGUAGCUGCCCUCAUUGCUAACAGUAUCACGAAAGACUACACACUCUUCACGAGCUUCUGCCACUUGGGUGCUGGACUGAGUGUGGGUUUGAGUGGUCUCGCUGCUGGAUUUGCCAUUGGAAUUGUGGGAGAUGCAGGUGUAAGAGGAACGGCACAACAACCCAGAUUAUUUGUGGGAAUGAUCCUUAUUCUUAUUUUCGCAGAAGUAUUGGGUCUAUACGGACUUAUUGUAGCUCUAAUCUUGGCCACCAGAGGAUAAUGCUUCCACACAUUUCUAUUGACAGAACAUAUUGUAGUAACAAUUGGAAACAAAUAACACUAGAUACAAGCAGACGAGUGACCCUCGGCUAACAUUCCGAUUGUAGCAUCUUCCUGUAUCUGAUUAUCAACUUAAAAAAUACAAUUUUUGUUAAGUCAUUUUUAUGUAAACAAAUUUUUAGAAUAUUUGUCAGAACAAAGUAAAGCCUGUAGAAUGGGGACAAAUUGUUGUGUAAAAUUUUGAUUGUUCUUCUUGUUUUGGGGUAAAAAAUAUUUAUACUUUCUUAGAUUGUUACCGACAUGAUUUAGAGUUGGACUAGCCCAUACUUGCAGUGUCGGCCAUUGUGGUGGUAUCAUGUGACGUGUUACAUUUACCGUAUAUGUUAAAGUUAGCGUUGUAUAUAUUCACAAACAGUUGCUGAUGAAUGUGCAAGUCAAGAUGGUUUGAGAGUUGUAAUGAAAAAGUCUCCAGUAUCUUGAUCAUUGUCACUCUCAUUACUAGCAGAUCAUACAUUUCUAAUCCUUAGAGUGAUUUGAACAAUGUCACCAGGUUGUAUGUGUGUAGGUUUUGAGAAUUUGAGAAUGAUUGAAGAUUAUUAAAUUUGUGAUUAUGUUUAACUAGUGGUGCAGAUGAAUCCAAUUAUUUAUAUAUUACUUACAAUUUUACAGUGGAAUCCGAUCAUGGAAUUAUUUACUUUAUGAAAUAAUUUAAUUAAUUUCUACUCUCUUGUGUAUUUUGUCCUGUGUGUUAUAAUAUAUGAUUCUAAAUAUAUUUGGAAAUGUAGAUAUAUUUUUUGUUUAUUUUGGUCUGCCAUGCAGACAGUGAUACAUGCUAGCCAGUCAAUGAUGUGAGAGUGAGAGAGAAAUGUUUGAGAAAAUGGGUCAGAAAACAAGAUCAAUAUUGCUAAACUGCUUACAUAUUUCAUGGUAGUUCCAUUAAAGUGCUUAUAAUGUAAUCCAGAAAAAAUCAAAUCCACAUACAAGAGAAAAAGCAUCAAUGUUAACAGUUCGUGUUGCGAAUGGGACAAAUAUCCCAAUCAUAAAGUACCUGGUGGCCAAAAUCUUCAUUGAUUCCAUGCUUGUAACAACCAUACUUCCACACAUUGUUUUGAGAUGGUCUUUUAGUUCUGCUUUUAGAUUUUUUUUUAUUAGGUUUAAUACCACAUUCCUUGUGCAAAAAAAAUAAAUAUUGUGUAAACAAUUCAGCUGUCUCAACCAAUCCUUCAUGUCAUAACUAGUCUUAACAACUUUGAUGUUAGGUACAUAUGUAUAGUACACAGUUUUCAAUAUUGGAUACAAAAAGACAUGAGUAUCAAACAUUUUGUUGAGUUGAUGUUUAGAAUUUUGUGAUUGUCCCAGUAUUUAAACACCUGUAAACAACCGUUGUAGCUCCGAUAGUUGUAUAUAUUAUCCAUACGAGACUGGCUAUGUUCAGUGGAGCUGGGACCUCAACCACUAUCUUCAGUCUGUAGUUGUAAGAUUUCCUAGCAGAAAAAAAUUCCAAAUAGUUUUUUUCAACCAUGUAAACAAAAUUUGCAUGAAUGAUAUACACGAAAUUAUAAAUAUGAUAUUGUCAUUUUCAUGUACAGAGUAAAUUUGUUUUCGUGUCGGUGAGAGUAUUAAACAGUCACCACAAAAAA